AAACCAACUCAAAGCCGAACUUUUUUUUUUUUUAAGUUGUUCUGCCGGAGUCAGGCCUGCCUUUCACGUCAGCGUCGAGCGCUGGAAGAAAUGACUCCUGUGCGUUAGGGUUUGCCGUGGUUUUCAGAGCAGACCUGGUGGGGCUUUGGUCGGAGGAGUCCUCUCUUCUGCCAGCUGUGCUCCUCUAUAAACAGCAGCUCCGCGGGCUUCCCGUACCCACAUGCUUCUAAUUUGGAUGAAUGCAGUUGCUGUUGUCUGUGUACCGGCUUGAAGCAGUUCAUUGAGAGAGACACAGUGUGCCACGCAGUGCAGUCUGUGUGAAAAGGACUUGGACUCAGAAAAGAUAGUAGCGAGCCAGCCGGAGGAAGAAGACCACCAGAGCAGCCAUGCCGCCAGCGAUCGGAGGGCCCGUGGGCUACACCCCUCCUGAAGGGGGCUGGGGUUGGGCCGUGGUGGCAGGGGCCUUCAUCUCCAUCGGCUUCUCCUACGCCUUCCCCAAGUCCAUCACUGUCUUCUUCAAGGAGAUCGAGGUCAUCUUCAACGCCACCAGCAGCCAGGUGUCCUGGAUCUCCUCCAUUAUGUUGGCCGUCAUGUAUGGAGGGGGCCCGGUCAGCAGCAUCCUGGUGAAUAAGUACGGCAGCCGUCCUGUCAUGAUGGUGGGGGGCUGCCUGUCUGGCUGCGGGUUGAUUGCCGCCUCCUUCUGCAACACGGUGGAGGAGCUGUACUUCUGUGUGGGCGUGGUGGGAGGCCUAGGGUUAGCCUUCAACCUCAACCCCGCCCUGACCAUGAUCGGCAAGUACUUCUACAAGAAGAGGCCCAUAGCCAACGGCAUCGCCAUGGCGGGCAGCCCUGUCUUCUUGUCCACCCUGGCUCCCCUCAACAGCUGGUUCUUCGACCAGUUCGGCUGGCGGGGCAGCUUCCUCAUCCUCGGGGGCCUGCUGCUCAACUGCUGCGUGGCGGGGUCUCUGAUGCGACCCAUCGGGCCCAAACCCCAGCCCGCCAAGAGGCCCGAGCCCGGGAAAGGGGGGGAGGACAGGAUGACGGUGAUGCAGAGAAUCAACUCCUUCAUCGACCUGACGCUCUUCACCCACCGCGGCUUCCUGCUCUACCUCCUGGGCAACGUCAUCAUGUUCUUCGGCCUCUUCGCGCCCCUCGUCUUCCUCAGCAACUACGCCAAGAGCAUGGACAUCUCCAAGGACAAGGCGGCCUUCCUGCUCUCCAUCCUGGCCUUCGUGGACAUGGUGGCACGGCCCUCCAUGGGCCUGGUGGCCAACACGGCAAAGGUCCGGCCGCGGAUCCAGUACUUCUUCGCCGCCUCCGUCCUGUACAACGGCGUGUGCCACGUGCUGGCGCCCAUCUCGGUGGACUACACCGGCUUUGUCAUCUACGCCAUCUUCUUCGGCUUCGCCUUUGGCUGGCUGAGCGCUGUGCUCUUCGAGACGCUGAUGGACCUGGUGGGCGCGCAGCGGUUCUCCAGCGCUGUGGGCCUGGUCACCAUCGUGGAGUGCGCCCCGGUUCUGCUGGGCCCACCGCUGCUGGGCAGGUUGAACGACAUCUACCACAACUACAAGUACACCUACUGGGGCUGCGGGAUCGUCCUGAUCGUGUCCAGCGUCUUUCUGUUUGUGGGGAUGGGGAUCAAUUACAGGCUGCUGGACAAGGAGAAGAGAGAGGAGGAAAGGAAGGCCAAAAGCGAGACCAACGCGGACGCUGCAGCCAAGGACAGGGAGCCCGACAACGAGGUGGCGCUGCCCCUGGCGGCCGCUGACAUGUCCAAGAUGGCGGAAGACACUGUGUAACAAUGCGUUUUUCACUCCAAGGGGGCCCUUCUCUAGUCUUCCACCCUAGUCCGUCCACGGUGAAAAAGCGUACAUCUAGUACACAGAAACCCCCCCCACUGGGGUUCAGUAGACAGCAGUGUAUAUUAAGGAAAGGUGACCAAGCCCCUCCCAUCCCACUCUCCUGGCCAGUACCCUGGCCUUCACCCCCUCACCAAGUGCUAAGCAGUGACUUGUAAGUGCCUCAACCCCAGAGUCUCCAGCACUC